GUCUACACGUCCGGCACCACCGGCAGCCCCAAGGGCGUGAUGCUGAGUCAGGACAACAUCACCUGGACGGCUCGGUACGGCAGCCAGGCCGGCGGCAUCCAGCCCGCCGAGGUCCAGCAGGAGGUGGUGGUCAGCUACCUGCCCCUCAGCCACAUCGCCGCCCAGAUCUACGACCUGUGGACGGGCAUCCAGUGGGGGGCCCAGGUCUGCUUUGCCCAGCCCGACGCCCUGAAGGGGAGCCUGGUGGACACGCUGCGGGAGGUGGAGCCCACGUCGCACAUGGGGGUGCCCCGGUGUGGGGAGAAGAUCAUGGGAACGCAUCCAGGAGUGGCGGCUCAGUCUCGGCUUCGUCUCGGCGCAAGAUGCUGCUGUGGGACCAUGGCGGUGAUGCUGGAGCACAACCUCACCUGCCCCAGCAGCGACCUGAAGCCCUUCGCAGCCAGGCUGGCGGAUUACCUGGUGCUGGCCAAGGUCCGCCAGGCGCUGGGCUUCGCCAAGUGUCGGAAGAGCUUCUACGGCGCGGCCCCCAUGACCGCGGAGACACAGCGCUUCUUCCUGGGCCUCAACAUCCGCCUGUACUCGGGCUACGGCCUCAGCGAGACCUCGGGCCCCCACUUCAUGUCCAGCCCCUGCAACUUCCGGCUGUACAGCUCCGGCAAGGUGGUGCCCGGCUGCCGGGCGAAGCUGGUGAACCAGGAUGCGGAGGGCAUCGGCGAGAUCUGCAUGUGGGGCCGCACCGUCUUCAUGGGCUACCUGAACAUGGAGGACAAGACGCGCGAGGCCAUCGACGCCGACGGCUGGCUGCACAGCGGCGACCUGGGGCGCCUGGACGGCGACGGCUUCCUCUACAUCACGGGGCGUCUGAAAGAGCUGAUCGUCACGGCGGGCGGGGAGAACGUGCCCCCGCUGCCCAUCGAGGAGGCGGUGAAGACGGAGCUGCCGCUCGUGAGCAGCGCCGUGCUCAUCGGCGACCAGAGGAAGUUCCUGUCCAUGCUGCUCACCCUGAAGUGCACGCUGGACCCGGACACGUGCGAGCCGACCGACACGCUGACGGAGCAGGCGGUGGAGUUCUGCCAGCGGGUGGGCAGCAGGGCCACCCGGGUGUCCGACAUCGUGGGCCGCAGGGACGAGGCCGUGUACCGGGCCAUCGAGGAGGGCAUCCGGCGGGUGAACGGGAACGCGGCCGCCCGGCCCUACCACAUCCAGAAGUGGGCCAUUCUCGAGAGGGACUUCUCCAUCUCGGGCGGAGAGCUGGGCCCCACGAUGAAGCUGAAGCGGCUGGCCGUCCUGGAGAAGUACAGAGACGUCAUCGACUCCUUCUACCUGGAGUGAGGGCGCCCAGGCCCCCAGCCCCCCUGCUCUGCGGCCGGGCGGGGCUGCUGGCCGCUGUGAGGCCCGGGGGCCCGGCAUCCCCUUCGCGGGCCUCGGGCCAAGUAGCCGGCCGUUCCGAGAAGCUUCCGUGUCCGUAGUUCUAG